AGCCCCUACGGAACAACGGACCAAGAUGGCUGAAGGGUGCCAUCGUUUGAGUUGAACAUUCUCCUAAAGGCAGCUCUGAUUUGCAGCAAAUUUUCCACUAAAAAUGCUGUCCCUUAGGAGAGUGACCAGCGCUUUGACUAGAAGAGGACGUGUUGUCGCUCUACGUGCAAGCUUUAGCCAAACGCAUCGUUUGGUUCGUCGAAUAUCAGCUGUGUCCUGGACAGAAAGCACAAGAACAAGCUUUGCGAGGCGAGUAGUUCCUGCGGUGUCAGACAAGAGAUUGUAUAGCUCUGAUGGUUACCCAACGCAUACAAAAGUUCCCCUUCCUGCGCUUUCGCCCACUAUGGAGGCGGGGACGCUCGUGAGUUGGGAGAAGCAGGAGGGGGAUGAGCUGGCAGAGGGCGACUUGCUUGCACAGAUAGAGACAGAUAAGGCGACAAUGGAGUUUGAGACUCCUGAAGAAGGCUUCAUUGCCAAGAUUUUGAUCCCUGCUGGCUCAAAAGAUGUCCCUAUCGGCAAGCUAUUGUGCAUUAUUGUGCCAAAUAAGGAGGACGUGGACAAGUUCAAGAACUUUACUGUGGAUGACGCAGAGGGUGCCGCUGAGUCUCCUCCUCCCCCUCCUCCUCCUCCUACCAAGGCAGCUGCACCUCCCACCCCUCCAGCAGCAUCUCCACCCCAACCAGCCACGCCCUCACCCCCUGCAGCGGCUGCUGCACCUUUUGCAGGUGGGAGGGUAAUGGCAAGCCCCUUAGCGAAGAAGAUGGCCCAAGAUCAAGGAGUCAGCUUGUCUGGCAUUCCUGGAUCUGGUCCUGGUGGUAGAAUAACUGCAGCCGAUGUGCAGACAGCUGCCUCAGCUGCUCUUGCUGCACAGCCAACCCCUGUGGCUGCAGCUCCUAUCCCAGGUACUGUAUAUGAGGACAUUCCACUGUCUAACAUGCGACAAGUGAUAGCUAAACGACUGCUGCAGUCCAAACAGACCAUCCCCCAUUACUAUCUGUCUGUGGACAUCAAGAUGGAUCAACUCAUUGAGAUCCGUAAACAGUUAAAUGACCAAGGCAAGGGAUCCUACAAGCUAUCAAUCAAUGACUUUAUUGUCAAGUCGUGUGCCCUGGCUUGCAGACAGGUCCCUGAGGCCAACUCAUCGUGGAUGGGAGACUUUAUAAGAAGGUAUGAAAAUGUAGAUGUUUCUGUCGCCGUCAGUACUGACAAUGGUCUGAUCACUCCCAUUGUUUUCGAUGCUGAUAAAAAGGGACUGUCUUCAAUAAGUGGUGAUAUAACUUCACUUGCUGAAAAGGCAAGGGCUGGCAAGCUACAGCCGCAGGAGUUCCAGGGCGGUACUAUUACCAUCUCUAAUCUUGGCAUGUUUGGAAUAAAAAACUUUGCUGCAGUUAUAAAUCCUCCCCAGGCAUGUAUUCUUGCCGUGGGUGGAACAGAGAAGAGAGUCCUUGCGGAUGAAACCAGUGAAAAGGGAUACAGUGUCGGUAAUGUGAUGUCUGUCACCCUAAGCUGUGACCACCGUGUUGUCGACGGUGCUGUAGGUGCACAGUGGCUGGCAGUUUUUAAGAAGUACCUGGAAAACCCAAUGACCAUGUUGCUAUAGGAACGAACAGAUGAAGAACACUUUCCCUUUAACCAUCCACCGCUGGUUGUCAGGCAAACAGCAGUGCUUUUGGCAGAAAUAACCGAAAUAUAUUUUACAUAGUUUUGUGACCACCCUGAUGAUGGGGUACCCUGUGUGGAGGACUUUCAAACAUAUAACCAUAGACCUUUGAUGGUUAUGGAAGAAGCAGGAAAAGCUACCUAAGAUAAUGCCUGUACGUAAGAGUAUGGGUAUUUCUGGUAAAAUCACAGGAUGAAGCUGUAUGUGAAAGGUUUUUAUUCUUAAAAGGAUUCUGAUAAGAUCUGAAAUAAUACCAAAUUAAAUAAAGUUGAUGAUAUCUAACAA